GUCCCGCCCACCUGCGGGCGGAGCUCACUCCGGACUCGGAACAAGCGCCCGGUGUUCUCGACGAGGCCGAGCUUGGUGCGGAGCGGAGGGUACCGGGGCUGCCCAUGGUUUUCCUGUCGCUGUCCCGCUGGAUCCGGAGCCGAGGGCCUGACCGCUACUGGCGGGUUCAGGAGGUGCUACAACAUGCCCGGCAUUUCCGAGGCAGGAAGAACCGAUGUUACAGCCUUGCUUUGCGGGCGGUGCGGAGAGCUUUCCUGUACUCCACCAAGGCCAGGAGACUCAAGAAGCGGAACAUGAGGACGCUUUGGAUAAACAGGAUAGCAGCUGCAUCACGGGAGCAUGGACUGAAAUACCCUAUUUUGAUCAGUAACCUGGUUAAGUGUCAGGUGGAAUUAAACAGGAAAGUCCUUUCGGAUUUGGCCAUAUAUGAACCAAAGACGUUCAAAUCCCUGGCAGCACUGGCUAAGCGAAGGAGGGAAGAAGGCUUCCAUGAUGCACUAGGUGAUGGCCGAGAACCCAGUGGUAUAUUUUCUCGCAUUGUACAUUCGAACUAAGGAAGGAAUGUGAAUACCUUCUGCAAAUACUUCUCACCGUGACUGACUUUGCUGCCACUUUAACAAAACAUUUACGACAGACGUUUGUCUCUCUCAAGAUUUUCAAUCACUUUAUGGGCUUGACUCUAGUGAUUGAUAAUUAUGUGUGGAAUUCUUUGAAUAAAGUUUUUAUAUUGAAAUGCA